GUCCUCGCUUAUAAUGCAACCGUAAUGACCCUCAGUCGCUCGAUAACCAGCAACGAGGCUACACUUGGAAUUCACCUGAGAGCCAGCGCCGCCGACGGUACAUACAGUAUCAUCGCCGAAGUGGCCGUUGUACCUUCGCCGCCGGAUCGCCGAACCGUUCGGGUGGUCUUCAUGCAAGAUGCAUUAGUCGCUUCGAAUGAUCGCGGAGCGUUGCGUUAUUCUAGUGCUGGCGACAUUAACCCUGAUUUGGAAGCGACCUUCUGCAGCUUCAAUUACAACGGUUACAACGUGUACGGAAAUUUCAGCACGUCCACGGCAGCGGUUGAACUGGAUCUGUACAACACACGCAAUCUGUUACUGCAGAACAGUAUGUUUUUCAAAAACCAAGGCGGCCUGAGCAUCACUGUGGCGAGCAGCACGCCGUCUACCCGCCUUGAGGGUAUCAUCCGGAACUGCGCUUUUGGCAACAACGCAAACUUCGGGACGUUCCGUCUGGUCGGCAGGGACUACCAGAAGAUGUACGUACUGAACAGCUACUUCGGCUUCAACCACGCACCUUACCACGACGUGGUGUACGUGGAGAAAGUUCUGACAAACUUUACGCACAACGUCAUGCGCAAUAACACAGGCACGCAUGUGGUUCACAUCAGCGGCUACGAGGACGAGUCGGCCGAGUAUCAGACGUUCUACAACAAUUUCGUCUACGAAAACGUCGCCACAGGCCACGGCUACCAAUUCGUUGAGAGCUACGGCUUUUUCGCUGCCGACAAGGGGGCACUGAUGAAGCUAAUGCGGCCGCGACGUCAGACAGAAUUUGGGCCCAGGUCUCAAAUGACCAGCUUUGAGUGGUGGGCGAACGUCGGAUAUCAGAGUGAGCGCUAUCGAAGCACGGUGUUCGCCGGAUCCGCUAAGCAGCAGUACUCCAUGAACUUCUUCCAAAACCCAGCCAAUAAUUUUGAGCUGACGACGGCCGUCGAGCGGAGGAUCGAUGUAUACGACGGGUCUAUAGAUGCAAAGAAUAACUACUGGGGCUACCCGGGCACUGCAGCCGUUGCCGGUGCCAAGAUCCGCGACAGCCACGACUACAGCUACCUGAUAGACGUCACCUACCUGCCGGUACUCGAGUCGAACACAACCCUGCUGGAUGGCUCCUGCCCUGCUGGUUGGUUUCAGGCCGGUUUCGAGGAGUGGAAGUCUUUCCGGUCUUGUUUCCUGUUCGUCCCCGGUGCAGCCACGUAUCGUACGGCGCAGGAGUUCUGUAAAAGCCAGAACGCGUACAUGCCUUACUUUCGUGAUCAGGACCGUCGUCUGGUGAAGCUGACUGAGAAGAUUGAUCAACAGAUGAAACGAUUCACCUUUCCGUUAGAACGCUUUUCUGUCAGUAACAUGUACGAAACUCGCAUUUGGGUCAGCAGUGUCAAUGUUCCACCAGAAAAGUGUGGCUAUCUUUCGUCCAAAACCGGUCUUAUAGGAAUAUACAACUGCGAAGGAAUGCUUCCGUUUGUUUGCGAAAAAGGUCCUAAACCUUUCACGGAACCGUUAUACUGGCAGCCAGCAGGCAUUGCCGUCUUCGUUGUCAGUUUCGUAUUGAUGUUUUUGAUCUUUCUUUUGGGUGCUCUGUGGUACGUGAAAUCCAAGCAUCGAAAGAAGCAGUUUUUCGAACGGAAAAAUUCCAUUCGGAGUUCUAUUCGGUCGCUGAAGCUCGCGCAGGCGUUAGAGAAUCAGCAAAAGAAGCAGCAAUUGCGGAAGAGUAUCGUUGAACAACAACAGUCCUCUAGACCUCGGGCAUCAAGUCCUGAUUUGGUGGAACAGGCCCACAGGAAUCUAGUGCUUGGAGCCAGAAGCUUCGAGACCCUGUCCAACGGAAAGAUGAUGAAGCCGGAGCGGCUCACCUCCGCACCGUUCGUCACCGGCGGCACAGCCAGCAUUGGCCACACGGACCCAACAACCCUGCAGCGUCACUCGAAAACUGAUCGCUCAUUGACCAGUGGUUGCUGUGAUUCUUUAUCGGCCAAGAACGAUCGGUCGUCAUCGGGCACUGGUUCCAACAGCAGUUCAUUUGUAUCCGUCACCAGAAGCGUACUCAGCUACCAUGAACCGAAGAGACUGACGGUGGCGGGGGCGCCACCAAAUUCGUUCGCCACCUUCACUGGUGAUACAGAGCGAUACACCGCCUCUGUCCGUUAUGACGAUCCCACGCUAGUCACCUUCCGUGGUGGCGCUAGACGUUCUCGCGAUAUCACGACCGCAUCUGAAUCGAGCUUCAGCUGCACCACCUGUCGCACGUCGACCACCGGCUACGACCCUUCGUGCUCCGAGUGCCAUAGGAACUCGCAGGGACUGAUGGGCAGGGAUAGCCACUACACGUCCGAAGAGACGUUGACUGCCUGCGACGCUGCUUCAGAAGAAGCAGAAGCACUGUCUGCUGCUUCUUCUUCAUCGUCGAGGACCGCCUCCACUACUUUGAUGAAGAGCAGUGGCGAGACGAUCAACACGUUACGGAACGACGUGAUGAACCACGACUGCGAAGGGCCUUUCCUGCCGAACGGCGAAGUCCGGUGGCCGAGUUCAGAUUUCGACCACUUGCGUAGCAACGCGGAAUUGUACAGAAGAUCCGGCUGUAGAAAACCAAUUUACUUCAAUGGCAAGUCGACGCCGAACCUGCGGGACAACGGUGAGGAACAGUCGGCGACCUCUCUUCUUGGACCAAUGGCACCUUCCGCUUCGGGCAGGUCAAUGAACUACCUACCCACAUGGACGCCGCCCAAUUUGGACAGCUUUAAUCGCUCAAACGACAGUGACCUUGUUCGGCCUCUGGAAACUGCCAUGUGA